GGGCGAAAAACGAUGAAAUCCCGUCGGCUCGCGCCGCCCCUGCGUCUUUAGCGUAGGUGUAGCGCGUGGACGCGCGCGCAUCCACACACUACACCCGUUUCAUUGAUCAGUCCGGCCAGUACAGAGAGCGAAGAGCGACCGAGAGUGAGGCGCGAUCAGCCGUCGAGUAGCGUCGGACAUCUUCUGCUGUGCGUCCCCGAGUGUGCGAUAGCCGUCGACGAUGAAAACGUCCUGAGCGAAAACACCGACCCGAACCCGCAUCGCCGUUUCGAAAAAUGCCAUGAAAUGUCCCGCGACGCGUACGUGGGGGGCACGCGGUCGCCGCGAGGCGUGAGGUUGCCCACGGUCGACCGAUCCCCCAGCCGGGCCUACCCCGGCGGCAGCCCGUUGGGUCGGAAGCCGCUGCGGCAGACGCGAUCGGGCAACAAUUCGCCGGAGCACGGCUACACCGCCGGCUACCACCACUCGCCGUACUACAGGGAGGACGACCUAGGGAGUCCUAUGUUGGAGGAACGCGGAAGGCCUAUGACGGUUGGACCGGGACACCAUCGCUCCAGGAGCGCUACCAGGCCCUCCAACCCAAUGUCCGUUAGAUACCAAUCGUUAGACAGAGGACCGACGAUGGAGCACGAACGAGAAUUUCUACCGAUAAGAGAUCGAAGAGACCGAUCGCUCGACAGAGGCUUGUACUACGACGAUGAACCGUACAGUUCGAGUUUCCUCUCCAGAUCGGCCAGGCAAUCGCCCACCUCCCAUCAGCCCUUCAUCGGCGAGCUGCAGCACCAGAACUCCGAUCUGCAGCGCGACCUCGCCAAUUUGAAGAAGGAACUCGAGCUGACCAACCAGAAACUGGGAUCGUCGAUGCACUCGAUCAAGACCUUCUGGAGCCCGGAGCUGAAGAAGGAGAGAGCCCUGCGCAAGGAGGAAUCCGCCAAGUACAGUCUAAUCAACGAUCAGCUCAAAUUGUUGAGCAACGAAAACCAGAAACAAGCGAUGCUAGUACGUCAAUUAGAGGAAGAAUUACGAAUGCGAAUGCGAGGACCCAGCAUCGAAGUUCAACAGCAAAUGGAAGCCAUGUAUCAGGAAAACGAACAUCUCACCAGAGAAAUCGCCAUACUGCGGGAUACUAUCAAGGAGCUGGAGCUUAGGAUAGAAACGCAAAAGCAAACGCUGCAAGCGCGCGACGAGAGCAUAAAAAAGUUGCUGGAGAUGCUUCAAAACAAAGGCAUGGGUAAAGAGGAGGAAAGACAGAUGUUCCAACAAAUGCAAGCUAUGGCUCAAAAGCAGCUCGACGAAUUCCGCGUGGAGAUCCAACGCAGGGACCAGGAGAUCCUCGCCAUGGGCGCCAAGAUGAAGACGCUCGAGGAACAACACCAGGACUACCAGCGGCACAUCGCCGUGCUCAAGGAGUCGCUCUGCGCCAAAGAGGAGCACUACAACAUGCUGCAAACCGACGUCGAGGAGCUCAGGCAGCGAUUGGAGGAGAAGAAUCGCUACGCUGAGAAGAAGGCGCAGCAAUUCCAGCAGGAGCGCGCCAGAGCCGGCGCCGAAAUGGCCGAAAUGAGAGAGCACAUGGACAUCAAAGAUAGGAAAAUCAACGUUCUACAAAGAAAAGUGGAGAACCUGGAGGAUCUUCUGAAGGAGAAGGACAACCAAGUGGACAUGGCCAGGGCGAGGCUUUCGGCGAUGCAGGCGCACCAUUGCUCCUCGGAGGGAGCCCUUUCGACGCUCGAAGAAGCCAUCGGCGACAAGGAGAAGCAAAUGAACCAGCUGCGCGAGCAGCGCGAUCGCGCCGAGCAGGAGAAGCACGAAGAACGCGAGCUGCACGAACGAGAAAUAGCCGAGUACAAGAUGAAAAUACACGCACUUAAUAGCGAAGUCGAAAAGCUCACAGCUAGAUUAGAAAGAGCACAAAACGACAGAGAUCGCUUGGAAACGAAGUUGGAGAGUUCGCAAUCGGAGUUGGGCAAAUCCAAGGCUGAGCUGGACAAGGCCGCCGUCGAGGUGGGAAGGAGCGGCGCCGAUUGGGAGGCGGCCAGGCAACGAUUGACCCGAUUGGAACUGGAAAACGAACGCCUUAGAAGCGAACUCGAACGAGCACAGACCACCACCACCACUAGCAGCAGCUUCGGACGGGUCACUUUUAGCAGCUCGCAUGAACUCGAUCGCAUGCAAGAGCGCGCCGACAAAUCUUCAUCGGAUUUGAGGCGAUGCCAGGCGGAGCUGCGGGUGACGCAGGCCGACAGCGAACGAGCCCGGCAGGAAGCGAAGGCUCUGCAGGAAAAACUGGAAAAGUCCCAGGGGGAAGUAUACCGCCUCAAGGCCCGACUGGAAAACUCUCAUCAAGAGCAGGAGAGUCUGCGGGAGGAAUUCGAGAGAGCGCAAUCCAACGCGGCGAAAUUGCAUGCGGACAAAGAUCGAGCUUACGCGGAAUUGGAGAAGGCUCGCGAAGAAUUGGAGCGUACGUCGGCGACCUUGGGAAAGGCUCAACUACAACAAGACAAACUACAGAACGCUCUAGACAAGGCACAGACGGAGGUCGACAAGCUCCAAGAAAAACUCGACAAGUCACUUGGCGAGACCAGAAGGAUACAACUGGAGAAAGAAAAAGUGUUAUACGACUUAGAGAACAUCCAAUCGCAAUUGGACAAGGUUCUCGGCCAGUCUGCUCGUCUGCAGAAAGAAAAAGAAUCGGCUCAAGUAGAGGCAGAUCGGCUGAGAGAUAAAGUCGAUAAAAGUCAAUCGACCAUGUCGCGGCUUCAAAUCGAACGCGACAGCUUCCAAGACGAAUGCGAGAAGCUCAAAGAAAGAGUGGAAAUGCAAUUAACGCAAAUCUCCAAAGUACAAAGAGAGAGGGCCGACAUCGAGACCGAAUUAGACGUUCUCAAAGACAGAUGGGAGAAGGCCCACACCAACCAGCAGAAACUCCAAAUCGAACGAGACGACGCCAUUUCCGAAAUCGAAUUACUCAAAGAAAAAUUGGACAAAGCCAUAUACACGUCGCAGAAAGUCAUGGACGAAAGAGAUAACGUGCACAAAGAGUUUGAUAAACUAAUCGAAAAGUAUGAUAGAUCCCAAGGCGACGUUUACAGAAUACAAAACAAACUGGAUACCGUCCAAGCCGAAAAAGACCGACUCGAAAUAGAGUUAGAAAAACAGCAAAUCCAAUCGGUGAAAAUGCGAGAAGACCAACGAAAGCUCCAAGACGAAAUGGCCAGAACCCAAGAAAUGUACGACAGAGUCGCCAUGCAACUGGGAAGAUCGAAGGAAUUGGAAGAAAAAUCCAAGGAAGAACUCGAACGGCUCAACAUCGACAUCGAAAUGGUGCGCGACAGAUACGAGAAGGCGCAGGCGGAGAUGCGACGGCUGCAAAGCGAAAAGGAGAAAUUGCACGGCGACAACGAACGCAUGCAGUACGAAAUCGAACGCACCCACGGCCAAUUGGGCAAGCUGCAGGCGAGCUACGAAAAGUCCCAAGAGGAGUGCGCCCGGCUGCAGGUCGAGGCGGAGAAGGCGCGCGACAAGCACGACAAGCUGCAGGUGGAAUUCAGGAAGAUCAUCGCCGAGUACGACGCCCUGCGCGAAACCGCCGCCCCCGGACGGGAGCGAUUCUCCAAGUACGAUCGCGAAGAUCGAUCCAGAGACGACAGCGAUCGACUGCGCGCCGAAAUCGACAGGCUGCGAGAGCGCUUGGACAAAACCCUCGGCGAUCUGGACAGGUCCAGGAAGGAGCUCGCCCAUCUGGAGAGCACCAGAGGCAAAUUCUCCUACGAACAGGAGAAGGAACGAAGCGUCGAGCUGGAGAGAGCCAGGGACGAGCUGCAGAGGUCGCUGGCCAACAACCAACAGCUCGAAACCAAGUUGCACGAGGUCAGCAUACAGCUGGAUUUGGCCAGGCAAGAAGUGGCCAAAGUCACCGGUAACCAGGAGAAACAACGGCACGAAUUGGAGCGCGCCGUCAUCGAGUGCGAGAAACUGCGCGACCGAUACGAGAAACUCAAAUUGCAAUCGGACAAGUGGGAGAAGGACAACGAAAAACUGCGAAUGGAAGUGGCCCAAGCGGACAGAAGGCAAACGCUGGCCGCCGAUAAGCUGCGAAACGACGAACGAUUGGAAAUCGAAAGACUGAAGGAGAAAUUGGAGAAGGCGAUCGCGGCUCGCGACGCCACCGAAUUGGAGGCGGGCAGGCUGGCGCAGGAGCUCGAAAAAUCCCAACAGCACCUGGCCAACGCCUUGCAAACCAACGAAGCCACCAAGAUCGAAUUCGAGCGCAUGGCGAACGAACUGGCCAGAAUGCACGAACGAAUCGAAAGGGAUAAGCUAGAUUGGAAGACCAUGGAGCAGGAGAGAGACGUCCUUCGCGCCGAGGUGCAGCAAAUCAGAAGCGGAAUGGACACGCAACGCCGGACGAUAGACCACAGAUCGCAAGAAACGAUAGUCAAACUGCAGCAAGAACUCGCCCAAGUGUCCAGGGAGAGGGAGAAAAUGGCCGCGAUGCUCGACAAGCAAGGCCGCCAAGGCGAAUCCAUCGAAAAGCAAAUCAUCAAAUACGAAGCCGACAUUAAGCAACUCACGAUGGAACGCGACCAGCUGAUCAUGCAACUGGAAAAAUCCCAAGACAUGCUGAUGAACUUCCAGCAAGAAUUGAACCACAGCGAGUCGGAGUUGGAGAAGCAAAAGGCCGAAGUGGCGCGGCUCAGGGGCGAGCAGAAGAAAAUCACGCAGGACGUCGAACGAGGCACCAAGGACGUCAUAGAGAACAGGGAUAAGGAGAUAGCGAAGCUGCAGCAACAGCUGCAGGCCGCGCACAAGGAGAGGGACACCCACCGACAGCGGGCGGACAAGGCGGAGAAGCUCCUGCAGGAGUCGGGCGCGCGCGGCGACUCGGAGUUGGAGCAAUGGAGGAAGGUCGUCCAGCAGGAGACCGACCGGGCGGACCAGGCGGAGAAAACCGCGCAGGAUCUGCAGAAGCGAAUCCAAGUGAUGGAGAAGCAACUGCAGCAACAGCUGCAGCAAAUGGCGCAGUACCAGAAAGAGAGGGGCAUCCAACCGCCGCCGCAGGACGACAAAGAAGUGGCGAGGUUGAGGAAAGAACUAGAAAAAUCCCACGCGGAUGUUAAGAAUUCCAUGAAGGAAAAAGAAAGGUUGCAAGCGCAACUCGAGAUGCUUGUACAAGAACUGGAGAAAAACCAGUUGGAAUUGCAAGAAGCCCACAAAAAGGCGACCGCUGCAGGUGCUCAAAAACCAAGCGAAGAUUUGAGCGCGCAGAGGAAGCACCUGGACGACGAAAAGAAGAAGAUAGAGGAGGCUCGAAGGCAAUUCGAGGAGCAGCGCAGAAUCGUAGAAAACAAGAGCAGGCAGGUGGAGGAAAAGGAAAGAGCUCUAGUCGAAUUGGAAAAGCAAUUACAGAAACAGAAACAACAACUGGACCAAUUACAAAACUCGUUACAAAAGGCCGGUGGAAACGCCGCCGCCAUGGGAGAUCUGAACAAGAAACUGUCCGAAGCCGAAAAGAAGAUGGAACAAGCACAAGAAGAAGCCAAACGGUCCGCCACCGAAAUGGAAAGAUUGCUCCAAUUAGUCCAAAUGAGCCAAGAGGAACAGAACAUGAAAGAGAAGCAAAUCGCCGAAUUACAACAGGCGCUCAAAAAUGCACAGGCAAAAUUGAAGAGUCAACAACAAGCACAACAACAAGAGGAUACCAAGGACGGCAACGCCGAGUCGACGUUGAGGUCCUUCGAAGAGUCAAAGGAGAAACGCCUCCUGGAGGCCGCCCUCAAGCGUCAAGAGGACAUCAUCGCGGAGUUGCGGCGCAACGCCCGCAACACCACCGAUCAGAUGAAGAUCGAAUUGGAGAGCCGGUUCUCCGCCGAAAAGGAACCCGACGAGUUCAUCGACAACGAUGGAUUCGACGGCGAGAAGAACCGAAGGAUCAGGGACCUCGAAUGCGCCCUCAGGGAGAGCAUCAAAUUGUCCACCGAAAGGGAACUGGUGCUCGUGCAGGAGGAGAAAAAGAGGCAACAGAUACUGCAAAAAGUAUACAAGUUAGAACAGAGGUUGAUGUCGUUGCAAUCUGCACAAGCGCUGCGAUGUCACUCGUGCAAGCCCUACGUCUCGCGAAUGACAACGUUAGAAUCGAAAUUUGCUCAACUUAUAGGCGAAAGAAAGAGGAAUUUGAAGGAACUGGCGCACAUGAAACGGGAAGCUUUGGAAUCGGCCAUAAGUGAAAAAGACGCCCAUCUAGCUCUGCUGGAAAUAUCCGGUAUAAGAAGCGCCCAACAAUCGGAAGAAGUGGAUCGCCUUCGAAUGGAUAAAAGACGGUUGUUGGAGAAGCUCAAACAAGAGGCGGAGCUGAGCCUUUCCAUCGAAGAAGACUGUUUGGAGGAAGCCGAGCUUUCCAGUUCAUUGUUAGCAACAACUGAGUGACUUUAAAUCGCAAUAGGUACUCCGGUGAUCUCAGCAAUAAAAGCACGAACAAUUCGUCGGUAAAUAGAAAAGAAAAAAUCGGUACGACCGAUUUUCCGAACAACUGAAAACACUGCCGUUAAAUUAAUAUACUUAUCUACUAUUAUAAUAAAUAAACUAAUAGGUAUAACGAACUAAUGGAUGUGUCUAGUGGUAGAUCUACGAGUAAAGUUGUUGGUUGUUUUCUCCGUCAAAAUUAGAUACGACAAUAAUUAUGGAAUGGGGCAUAAUUGUUAAACUAUUACUUAAUAGAUAGGUUGUGUUAAUAUGCAAAAAAAAAGUAACUUUCAACUCCCUGCUAUCCAACUCCCUCUAUCUCAUUGGAAGAAUUUCUUAAAGUAAAGUGAGCCUGUUUGUUAGAUUAUCUAUUUAAUCGUCACGUGUGAGAUAACUUUUAAGGAUGCUGUAUGAAUCCGAAAAUUGUUUUUUACGGCGUCGAUCUUGGCAUAAAGUCCUUAGAAAACACAAUAAUUUCACUUUAAUUAGAUUAAAUUACAUUACAUGCUAAGUAAUGUAAUAGUUUACACGCAAAUACUCUACUGAUUAGACUGGUAAAGGGCCCAAAUUAAUUUUCCUACAGUCCUACAAGAUCCUAGAUAACACUCUUAGUUAUAGUUAAAACGAAUUAUUAGAGGAAUUUAAAAUAGGUUCGAAGUAAUUAGAAGUGAAUGUAAAUAAAAUGGUUUUUGGAUUCAAUUUAAUAUGCAGUACAAAUAAGUAGAGUGUGGGCGACAUUAUGCCAGGAUAGCGUCGAGUGCUGUUUACUCUUUCAAUAUUCUAUCCUUCACGAAUUACUAUAUCACGUUCACAAUAAGCGGCUACCAUGUUUUUGUAAACUUUAAUAUGUUUAGCAAUUUGUAAAUUAAUAACAUUUCUAGGGCCGCAGAUGUGUAAUUUAUUAUUGCGAAAGUCUGUGUGUAUAUUCAAUAAGUACCAUUUGCAACUUUUGAUGAAUUUAAUAAUAAUUUUCGAGUAUUACGAGUAAGAGUAAAUAAAUCUUUUCGCAUAGUAUAAAAGAAACAUUCCACAAAGGCUAUUUCAUAUCAUGUACGCAAGAGUUGCAUUUGGGUUACCAUAAUUUAAUGCCUAUUUUGUAAAAAGCCCGUAAUUAAGGUAAAAAUUUAAUAAUUAUUAUUAAUAAUGAAAAAGAUAUGUAUGUUUCUAUUCAUAUGAGAUAUACUUACAUCAAAGACGUUAAUUAAUUGGAUGAUUUCCAAAUGCCUUGUAUAUCAAUUUAGUUAUUCAUUAUUCAUAUCAUAGGCCGAGCAACACUGCCAUCUCGUGCCAUUAUCAUAAGAGUAACUGAGCGUUGUUGAGUUCAAUCAGCCUUUUAUUAAAACUUUCCAGCAAAACUCACACCAUAUACAAGUAAAUUUUAUCUUUAUACGCGUAAUUUUGCAGAGUAUACACAAAAUAAACUCCUCUAAAGAUUUAUCUAUUGUGAUGAAGUAACGGUGAAGUAACAUUGAUUCAACUAUAGGAAUAUUACUAAAUAUGUUUAACUGAAUAUUAUUAAUGUGGUUUUUGUUGGAAAGGCUUCUUUGGUGUCCACUUUAUGGUCGGGUAAUGAAGUAGAUAUAGUAGAAAGAGACUUGGAUUUUUACUGUAUGUACUUAUUUCGAAAAUUACUAGUACAGUGUAAACAAUAAAAUUAGUCGAAAUUUAUUAGGAUUAAAUCUUAUAGUUUAAUUCGGUGUUCCAAUAUGUCACUAUGGAUUGUCUCUUAUGGUUAGAUGAACCAUGGAAAUUGUGAUCUUGACUUUGUUUCUUCGAUAUUAUUUUCAUAACGUUUAAUUGAUUAGUUGUUGUAAUAAUUCAGUAAUAUUGCGUAUUUGAUUUCGAAUUGUAUCAUUUUUAC